UUGUAAUGUCAAUCAAAGAGUGAGUGCCAAUGAUCUGAAGCAAUCUGUUUGGAGCUGACCUGAGUCCACUCAGAUCAAUAGCACCAGAGGGAGAGGACAGAGCCACCAGGAGUCCUGUACAGACCUUCCAAGCCUGGACCCUUCCCUCCUGCUUCAUGUAUAGGGCUGCAGUGAGCUGGGAAACAGAGCCAAGUCCCUGAAGGGAUACAGUGUCCUGCAGCCUCCAGUACACCAUGUCAUUCCCACAGCUGGGUUACCAGUAUAUCAGACCCCUGUACCCCUCUGACAGACAGGCUGUGGGGGGCACCAGGACUGGGGUAGAUCUCUCCUCAGCUGGGACUCUUUCUAAUGUCCUCUCUUCCAUGUAUGGAGCUCCCUAUGCAGCUGCAGCAGCCCAGGCGUAUGGAGCUUUCCUGCCAUACACCACGGAGAUCCCCAUCUUCCCACAACUGGGCUCCCAAUAUGAGAUGAAGGACAGUCCUGGAGUCCAGCACCCAGCGUUUACUCAUCACCACCCAGCUUUUUAUCCUUAUGGACAAUACCAGUUUGGAGAUCCAUCCAGGCCAAAAAAUGCUACCAGGGAGAGCACUAGUACACUCAAGGCCUGGCUGAAUGAGCACAGGAAGAAUCCUUAUCCCACCAAGGGUGAAAAGAUCAUGCUCGCUAUCAUCACCAAGAUGACCCUCACUCAAGUGUCCACUUGGUUUGCCAAUGCUAGAAGGAGACUUAAAAAGGAAAAUAAAAUGACCUGGGCACCCAGGAGUAGGACAGAUGAGGAGGGGAACUCUUAUGGAAGUGAUCAUGAAGGGGAAGAGGAGGAUAAACGUGAGGAUGAGGAGGAGAUAGAUUUGGAAAAUAUUGAUACUGAGAACAUUGAAAAUAAGGAAGAUUUAGAUGACCAGGACACUGAUAUUCACUCGGACUCCAAAACAGACCCUAGAAGUGACUCUGAGGGCUCAGAUGGAUUUGAGGAUUUAACAGUCUCUGAGGGCAGGUUUCUCAAGUCUGUGGUUGUGGACAGUAGGGUGAUGGAGGGGGACAAGUGCGAGCUUCCUUCUGAAGCCAAAGUCCAUCAACCUCCAUGUGAACAGAUGAAACUGAAUAGCAUUUCCCCCAACCCUUCUCCAGAAAACAGUUUGCCAGCGGCCCACAAACCUAAAAUCUGGUCCUUAGCAGAGACUGCUACUGCCCCAGAUAACCCACGCAAGUCUCCUCAGACCAGUGGGUCUGUGAACUCUCCUAGCAUGAUCCCACAACAUAGACUUAUCCCCUGUGCUGGGAGUAAGUUCCAAAGCUGGACUGGGAGAGGAUUUUCAGCUCAGCAACUUACUUUACUGAACUCUGCCCACUUUCUUCAAGGACUUACUGUUAGCCAAACAGCCCCUGGUGCGGGUAUGGCAGCAUUUACCAAGCAAGUGGAGCACUCACACAAUACAGACCCUACAACAGAUCGACCAAGCACAUUGGAAAUAGAGAAAAAGUUACUAAAUACAGCUUUUCUACCAGUACAAAGAAGGCCUCAGAAUCAAUUGGAUGCUGCUAUGAUCCUGUCUGCUUUAUCAUCUUCCUAACAAAUUAUUUUAUAUUUUCAUUAUUUUCUUUUUUUACGUUGUUGUACUGAUUGUAACAUAAUAUUAUUUCUGUAAACCAGUUGCAUAUUGUAAGCAUGUCUGUGUAUUAAAUGAAACAGAUUUCUGUUUCUAAACUAUCAUGCUAAUUAGAUGACUUUGUAUGGUUUUGUCCAGUGAUGUCGCAUUCAUUUGUAUAUAUAGUAAAAAAUGUAAAUAUGUGUUAAAACCAAAUUGUACAAGAAAGUAUAUAUUUUUGGUUAAUAAAUGAAUUGUUGCCUCUUUACAA